AUGUCAAAAAGAGUAUUAAUUACUGAUUUCUUUAGUAAUAAACAGAUUAAAAAACAUAAAAAAGAAGAAGUUGAACUUGAAAUUACAACAAUUGAAUCAAAAGAGAAUACAGUGAUAGAUGAUUGGUCAGAUUUUUGUAAAAAACAUAAUUUUAAUAAACAGGAAUGGUUAGAUUCAUUAUCAACAGAAGAAAAAGAGUUGUUAGACAUCGAAAUCAAAUAUUUACACAUCACAUGGUUAGCUUUCCUUCAUAAAGAACUAACAAAACUGUAUUUUUUAAAUUUGAAAAGAUUUUUAAAUACCCAAUUUUCAUCGAAGACUAUAUUUCCACCAAUUAAUCAAAUUUAUACAUGGUCAAACUUAACUCCAUUACCAAAUAUAAAAUGUUUAAUACUUGGUCAAGAUCCAUAUCAUAAUCUUAAUCAAGCUCAUGGUCUUGCAUUCUCAGUGUUGGAACCUACAAAACCCCCACCAUCACUAGUUAACAUAUACAAAACCAUAAAAAACGAUUUUCCAGAUUUUGAAGUACCUGAUUAUAAACAAUUAGUCAAAAAUGGGACUCCUGGUGGUGGUAAUUUAACUAAAUGGGCUAAGAAUGGAGUAUUAAUGCUAAAUGCUGUGUUAACUGUUGAAGCGCACAAGGCAAAUAGUCAUGCUCAAAAAGGAUGGGAACAAUUUACUGAACAAGUUAUACAAAAAGCAAUUGAGUAUCAUAGUAAUGAUGGAUUUGUAAUUAUGGCAUGGGGAUCUCCUGCCCAAAAAAGGAUACUGAAGUUUAAUAAGAUACUAACUGAAAAUGAUCAUAAAUUUUUAAUACUAAAAACUGUUCAUCCUUCUCCAUUAUCUGCUCAUAAAGGAUUUAUGACUUCAAAAAUAUUUAAAACUUGUAAUGAAUGGUUAAGUGAACAUGAAAAGAAUAAAAUAGAUUGGGGUAUUAUAGAUGGAAAUGAAAUUAAAUAG